AGCCAGCCUAUGCAAAUCACUGCGGAGAAUCCGUUGCUCGUGCAGCAACGGGUGUCGAGAAGGCAAGGAGGAAAUCAAGUUAAGAACAGCUGCUGGUUACAACUAAAUGCCUUAAUUAUAAAGUGAAUUCUGUUACAACGAUUUGGCAGUAUCAUUUAGAAGUUAAGUAUAUACGCGGGAGCAUGAGACAAAAGUACACAAGAAUUUGACGGUCCGAGCGCAGUUUAGCAAGGGUCUGGAACAGCUUGGUUGUGACUUGGUAGAAUAUGCAGAUACAAUUUGUUGCAAGAAGUCGCUCAAGCACACUUUCUAAGCAGAGCCGCAGUCACUUGGUGGCUUUAGGCCCUGGAGGGGUGGAUCCUUUUGCGGGUAUGCAGGAGUUCGGAGUGGCGUUGCAGGAUCCUCGUAGUGAGCAAAACCUGAACAAGAUUUCAGGCUGUAUGGCGCAGAUAUUGAUGGCAGCAGACUGGUCGGUCGAGUUGAAGCAUGAUGGAGUGCAUCCGUAUUUCGGAACCCUCUACGAAACGAACUUUAUACUGCCAGAAUUCCUGCGCCACCGAAGGAAGCUCUUGCGAAUUCUUGGCAACACUCUUUUAUGGACGUCGUUUUUCUCCCAUUUCUUGUAACAGACCACUGCCGACGAGUGUUUUUUUAGUCAGUGAUGGAAUGUGGAUAGUGGGAACAUUUUCACUUUCCAUCUAUCCCAGUUCCCCGCGAGAGUGUGUUUAACGUAGUAAAGGCGAAGGCUCGAUGGCCUGUUAAGAAUGGGAGAAAAAACUACCUCCAUAGCUUUCGAACGGAUCGUCCGACGCAGCUGCAGCAAGUGGGCUGCUUGACAGUACUUAA